AUAUACAGAGGGGAUUUGAUAAUUUUCUAACAGUCUACAUAUUUCAAUUUUGAACGAUUCUACUACUUAACAACCUUUCGUUUCAUCAAUUUUCGUCACAGCACAAAUAAGAGAUGUGGUGGUUGUUAGUGUCUACUUUGCUGAUCAGCGUGGGUAGUUCGUCAUCCGAGGACAACCUUGUUGUUGACACUGACAAAGGGAAAGUUCAAGGCGUCACGCUCAAAUCAGCCACUGGCAAAGAUGUAGACGCUUGGCUGGGAAUCCCUUUUGCGAAGCCGCCUACUGGUAAUCUGAGAUUUAAAUUGCCGCAGCCUCCGGAGAAAUGGGACGACACUAAACAAGCGACACGUCAGCCGAAUAGUUGCGUGCAGACCAUUGAUACGACAUUCGGCGAUUUUCCCGGAUCGAACAUGUGGAAUGCAAACACUGAUCUUUCGGAAGACUGCCUCUAUCUGAAUGUGAUAGUACCUAAACCUCGACCGACAUCGAACAACAAGGCCCCAGUCAUGUUGUAUAUAUUUGGAGGAGGCUUCUACUGCGGAUCGGCAACGUUGGACGUCUACGAUCCAAAAACGCUCGCUUCAGAAGAAAACGUGAUAGUAGUAUCUAUACAGCAUAGGGUAGCUUCUCUUGGUUUUCUUUACCUAGGAACGGAAGAAGCACCUGGUAAUAUGGGCUUGUUCGACCAACGGAUGGCCAUGAAAUGGGUGAAGGACAACAUCCAGAACUUCGGGGGAGAUCCGAACAAAAUAACAUUGUUUGGAAUGAGUUCUGGUGCUAGUUCAAUCGGCUUACAUCUCAUGGCUCCUGAGAGCCAUAGCUUAUUUAAUAAUGCCAUUUUGGAAUCGGGCACUGCCUUUACACCGUGGACGCUCAUGUCGAAAGAAGAAAACAAGAAACGUGGAUUAGAUCUUGCCAAGCAAAUGAAAUGUACAAAAAACGACAACCAACACGAUAUGAAUUGUCUUCGGACAGCUAACGCCACCCAAAUGGUGUACAAGGAGUGGGAAAUGGAAACAAAACCAUCCGGCGUGUACGAGUUUCCGUUCGUUCCCGUUGUUGACAGUCAACAACCGUUUUUCAAGAAAGGUGAAUCGUCGGGAGACAACAAAUUUAAAAAGACUGGUGUAAUCAUGGGGAGCAACAAGGAAGAAGGUAUUUACUUUCUUCUAUAUUUCCUGAAAGAUGUGCUUAAAAAAGAAGAACAAACUACCGUCAACGAGGAACAAUACAAGGAUGCGGUCGAGAAAAUCUACCCUUACUUGACAGAAGACAAUCGUAAGCAGAUUAAAGAUAAAUAUAAAACUUGGCAGGGCGCAGACAAGUCAAAUGAUUACAAAGACGCUCUUGAUAAAAUGGUCGGCGACUCUAACACUACAUGCUCCGUCAACCAAUUUGCUGACGUUUAUGCUGGAUUACAACAGGAUGUGUAUGUUUAUCUGUUCGACCGUAUUUCCAAUGUAUCACCAUGGCCUAAAUGGACUGGUGGCAUGCACGGAGAAGAAAUCUACUACGUCUUCGGUGAGCCGCUCAAUACAACCAAGGGGUACAGUGAGGAAGACAAAAAACUCAGCAAGGAAAUGAUGAAGUACUGGGCUAACUUCGCCAGAACAGGGGAUCCCAACAAAGAUGACAAAAACCAAAAGACAACUGUUACAUGGCCGAAAUACGACACCACACAAAAGAAGUACUUAAAGCUUGCCGAAAAACUUGAAGAAGGAUCAAAGCACAGGGAGGAACAAUGCCAAUUCUGGAAAACUCUUGGACAACAUGUUUCAACAAACGAAUUAGACACAUCAACAUCCAAAUAAAAUAUGUUCAUAAAAACUCAGAACAUUAAACUUACAUUUCAUGCGA